GGGGAAAUAUACUACGUAUUACAUUGAUAAAAUAAAAUAAAAUAAAACUAUAUGGUAAAUGUUAAAAUGAUCAUCUAAAGUAUAUAUCUUGAUUAAUUACUACACAAUUCGGUGUGCUAAAUCAAAAGUCAUAUACUUCCAAAAAAAACUUGAUUGAUAAAACUUAUUAGCCGAAAAAGGUCACCAAAGGAACUCUAUAUUUUUUGUGUACACACAAUAUGUUACUCCUAUAUAUAAUCAUAUUUAAGGAAAUCAAAACAUGAAAUCCUAUACUACUAUAGUACUAUUUCAGUGAAAUCCCAUUUUUUGGCUAUACGCCAUUUCUCUUAUUAAUUGAGAACAUGGAUCCUCAAUUAACUAAGUAACUAACCAUCCUUUUCCAUCAUUAUAAAUCUCUUCCACCUUUCUCAAUCUCCAUAGAUACUCAGCAACCUAAUUAAGCUUGUCCGUUGUCAGAACUCACUUUCACGGUUCGAAUUGGUUUGUACUGUCUUAAAUCAUGGCAACAAGAACCAGCCGGAAAACCCGCCGUGAAAGCCGCCCACGGCUGUUAAAGGAUUUCCUCAUAGAGGAUCACCACUCCCAUUCAAAGCCGCCGCCGCCAUGCAAACGUCCGACGGAGGUGGGUCAGGCGGCAACCACCGCCAUCUCCGCCAUUCACAAGGUGAUGAUCAAAAUGGUUAGGCUCCUCCCCUUCAAAUCGCCGGCGGUCGCGUCGAGAGGAAACAGAGUUGACCUCCGCGGGGAGGGUCCCACCACCAUGGUCACAGUCAAAGACAUUUUGCGGUGGGGUCUCGUGGAGGAGAACGACGCGGACUUCACGGCGCCGUCAGACACCAACGACGGCCAUCUUUAUUAUGACUCGCCGAAUAGGUGCACGUGCACCACCGUGAGCACAACCGCCGCCGGCAGCAAGAGAUCCAGCUGGUGCGACAGCGACUUUACGGCGGAGGAUAUACCCUCGUGUUUCGGGGACAUCGCCGUUGUCGGCGACGAAAAGACUGAGAAGGUGGGGAAGGAGAAUCUUCGUCCACCUGAUGAAAGUGUCGGUGGGGGCGGUGGACAUUUCAUCACGGAGGAAAAUAAAAUGGUCCCACAGCAGGUAGAGUUGGGAGCUAUUGAGAAGGAGCAGCACAGCCCAGUAUCAGUAUUGGAGUCACCCUUCAGAGAAUCAGAUGAAAGUUUCAAUUCCCAUCGAAUCCUUACUGCCGGUGAUCAAAGUAUGCACAUUUUAAUUACUUUUCAUUCUUUUUUAUGAAUAUAAUAAACAUGGAAUCAAGAAAUAAAGUCAGUAUGAUUAUAACUUUUUUAAAUCCUUUAAGUAUCUAUUAUCAUUUAAGCUACAGAGACAUCAUUAUUUUCUUUGGCUAAAGGGUCAAAUAGGUACAUGAACUAACUUAAAGUGUUCAAUUAGCC